AUGGCGUCGGCCGUGCGGGCCGGGCCGCGGCUGCGGCGGGCGGUGGAGGGGGGAGAGCUGGCGGGGCUGCCCGACGGCCUGCGGGCGGAGCUGGAGGCGGCUCUGGCUUCCGAAGGCGCCGUGGUGCCCUUCAGCCUGCUGCGGCGGCUGCACGCCGCGCUGCGGGAGGCAGAGUCCCCGCUGUACCUACACGAGUUCCUGGAAGGCUGCGAGAUCCACCUGCCCGAGGUGCCGGUGCCGCCGCGGAACCCAGAGCUGGUGGCCCGGCUGGAGCGGAUAAAGGCCAAGCUGGCUAACGAGGAGUACCGGCGGAUGACCCGAAACAUCACCGGCCAGGAGAGGAACGGGACAUUGGCUGACUUUGGGAGGCAAGCCCGCUCCGUCAAAGCCGUUGUCAUCACCGUAUUCAACUUCAUCGUCACCGUGGGGGCCACCUUCACCUGCACCUACCUGGGCAGUCAGUACGUCUUCGCUGAGACAGCGGCGCGUGUCCUCUCGGCCGUCAUCGUGGCCUCGGUGGUUGGUUUGGCUGAGCUGUACGUCAUGGUGCGGACACUUGAAGGGGACCUUGGGGAACUGUGACCUCACACACCUCCCCAUGAACUGUGGUCCUCGUGCUGGGGGCUUUUGCCCUCCCCAGGAGUCAUUAAUUUGGGGCAGGUUUUAUCUUCUGCCAUCUGUUUGUACCUGCUCCCGGGAAGAUUUGCUGCAUUCCUCAGACCUCAUCCUUCCUGUUCCUGAAACAAAUCAUGGAUUAAAAAUGCUACAGCCACAGAACAGAAGCGAGAAGAGCUGUGGCUUCUCAUCCCCCAGCACAGAGGGAUGUUCACUUUGUUCUCCUCCUGUGAAGUUCCUGUCCUUUUAUGCUGAAAAUAAACAAUGCUGCGUGUUUCCA